AUGAGUAAUAAUACUUCAAAGAUCCCUUCAUUAUCAUUGGUAGAUAACACAUUUGAUUCUACUUUGCAUGUGAACAAGAAGCUAAAGUUAUCAUCAGAUAGAGAGAUGCUAAGUGAUGUCACCAACAAUGCAAAAAAUAAAUACUCAUAUCGUAAAAACUCAAACGAUAAAAAUGUAUCCAAUAUUUCAAGACUAAAUAGUUUAUAUGAUAUGCAAAAUAGAAGAUUGAUGAAUAAAUAUAUAUAUGGUGAUGCACAUGCGGUUGAAGAAGUCAAAAAACGUGAACGUAAAAUUAUCAAAGAUAUGAACCAUUUAAUCAAUGCCAUAGCAGAAAUAGAUAAAGAAACUUCAUCAGUAAUGUCGUCUGACUUGCCAGAGAUUAGAUAUCAGAUAUCAAAAAAGAAGAAUGGUUGUGCUGAAUUAGAAAAAGAAAUAAUGAAUUUGAAUUCAAUGUUAGAUUUAAAGCAGGGCGACUUAGAUCUGUUUAAAAGAAACGAAGAACUGGAGAUCAAAAAUUUACACUUAAAAUAUGAAGUUGAAUUGCAAGAGUUAGAAAAUGAAUUACAAGAAGAACUGAAUCAAGAAAAGUUUAAAUGGGAAAAGCAAAAACAGGAAUUAGAAAACAUGAAACCAAGCGAAGAGAUUGCUCAAGAGAUAGAGAUAUUAAAAGGUGAACUUGAAUCAGCAAAAAUUGAAUUGAAUAACAUUAUAAACCAGAACGAGAUACAACUAAAUGAUUACAAAGCAGAACUUCAAAAUAAAUUUGAAGAAUUUAAGAAAGAAAAGAAGGCUCCUUUAGAUAAACUUAUUAGUAAUAAGGAACAAUUAAAAGAGAAUAUUGAAAAAUAUGAGACUGAAAUAAUAAAUAUCACCAAAGAACAAGAUUUGCUGAAGAAGUCACAAGAAGAUUUAAGAGAAAAGAUUGAAAAUUAUAGUCAAAAAUUAAAGAAUUCUGAAAAUGAAAUGGUUCCACUAAAUGAAAAAUUAAUGGCUGUUUCCAAAGAGUUUGAAAUUCUCAAAAGUGAAAAUGAUAAAUUAAAAGAAUUGGCUUUCAAAGAAGAGCAACUCUACAAAGAAAAAUAUGAACAAGUUGAAGAAGAGCAACUACGAAGAAAAAAAUUGGAAAACUCCAUUGAUGAGCUCAAAGGCACUAUUAGAUGUGUGGCCUAUUAUUCCACUACCGAGUUGCAAGAUGCAUAUUCAAUUGAUAUUCCAAGCCACACCAUCACUUCAAUUGAUGUCGCUGGCAAUGAGAACAAUUUAAAUUUAAAAUUUUCAGACAAUGUAAAUAAAAAAGACGAGGUGAAGAGCUUACCUAAUAUGUAUGAGUUUAACAGAGUAAUUCCAUCAGAAUUAAUUGAAGAGUCUAUGAUGUUAUGCGAUGAAUAUCAAUGCUAUCAUGAUAUGUGUUUAGAGAACAGAACCAAUUUUAAUUUAAUUUCCGUAUCAGCAAGCCCAUGGAACAAAUUACGCAAAGCUGUCUUUCAAUUAUUAAUCCCAAAGUAUUUAGAAAAGUACAAUAUUUCUCUACAAAGUGUUUUUCUUUCCGAAGAGGUAUACUCACAAGAUUUAUUAUUACAGUAUGCAGAUACAUCAAUGAAUCCAGAAGAUAUUAAAGAUGGUAUAGAUCUUAAAAUCGAAGAGAAUUCUAUUGAACUGAAUAGUUACAGCAUGGAAAUUAAGGAAGACAUUUCUGAGCUACCAACAGAAGUAAUUGAACCAAAAGAAAUAACUGAAAGUGGUAUAAAUAUCUUGAAGUUCAAAUUUCUAGAGAAAAAUGAAUCUGAAUUAGAACAAGAGGAAAAUCCAAUUAAUUAUUACUUUGUGGAGUUUUAUAAUUUGGAAACCAAUUAUGUGUUAGAAAAGUAUGUUACACCAGGCGAAACACCAACCACACCUAUAGGGAUGAUAAUUAAAAAACUAAUACAAGACACAAAGUCAUAUUUCAUAUUUAAAAUGGACAAAGUUGACGUAACAGAUUUAUUUACCAACAUAUCGAAUAAAGUUAGUAAAUUAAAAAAUCCAAAGAGGAAACCAAACUAA